AAUUUCUAUGGGUUCGUUGUCUCAGAUUGCCAAGGUAUAGACAAGAUUACCUCAAACCCGCAUGCAAAACACAUAUACACUGUGCAAGCAGGGAUCCUAGCUGGCAUUGAUAUGGUCAUGGUUCCCUACAACCAUACAGAGUUGUUUGAUGAUCUUACUCUCUUAGUAAAGAAAAAUGUCAUUCUAAUGGAUUGAGUUGAAGAUGUUGUUGGAAGGAUUUUGCUGGUUAAGUUCAAUCUGGGUCUAUUUGGAAAUCCUAUGGCUGACCCGAGCUUUGUCAAUGAACUUGCAAGCCAGG